GGAAAUGACUUCAGCGGCUAAGCCUCUCCCACCGGAGUUGAGCUGCACGUCUGCUGUGUUGAUACCGAACAAAAUGGCUGCAGAGGCUUGAUCCUGACCCGACACUCUCAGCGCUUUCUCCGGACACUCCGCACUUAUCCCUGGAUAUUUCCACUGUCGUUUUAAAAACAUCUCUGGAUUUCUCCACACGACUGCAGCCAGACUGCUCGCCACAUCGCUCGCUAUCUUUAUUUUUUGCACUUUAAUGAAGCAGCUCGCAUCGUAUAAUCUCAUGUCAGUCUACCAGACAGUAACGUUAGCAGCUUCAAACUGCCUUCUUCUUCGUUUUGCACCGUAGAUGAGAUGCUAUUUCUUAUGACCAAUUUAUGCCACUGUACCUGACAAACUGCCUCGCUGUUUUGAUGUAUUUUUUCCUGUCUUUUCGAGGGUAUUUCGUAGCGUAUAUGUCAUGGAAAUGUCAUCUGCUGUUUUUCCAGAAUGCAUGCAUCUAUAAUCUCCAUCAGAGCCCAAAGCUCUGAGUCUGCAUAGAAAUUUCACAACAGUCAUUUUCCCUUUGCAUACAACAUUUUGCGUUUAUUUUCGUUCUGUUGCCUUUUUGGGACUCUUUCGGAAGUUCAGCUACUCAUUCAGUACAGUGUUACUUGGGUCUGUCUGUUUUUACGGGUACCUUUUUUUUUCGGGAAAAAAAAGGCCUUUUGUACCGCUGUACAACAUGCAACACUUUUUUACAGAAAGCUGCCAAAGCUCGACUUGUGAACAAAAAGGAAACAACCUCCCUCAUGGCACUGCAGGGGAUUGGGGUCAAAGCUUGGAGGCGUGAGACGCCAAUGUUCAGCUUGUCAAAAAGGCAAAAAGGCUGAGAGAAGCUGAACCUCACAAGGAGAGAACCAUUUGAUGGAAGAAAAGAAAAAGAAAAAACAAGAAGAAGAGACAAAGAAGGAUACUGCGCAGAAAACGGAUACUGAACAGAAAACCAAAGUGUUUUGUGGUCAAAUGUCAAGGAUUGCCACAUCCUCCUCUUCCUCUACAGCAUUCAUCGUGAACACUGUGCCAGACUCUGUUAAACCCAAUCCCAGCAUCCCUUCAAGCCCCAUUCUGACCCUGAACCUGCCUGUACCCUCUGCUGCCACCACCAGCAAUGGCAAGCGUAGCCCUUGUAAUUCCCUACAACAGCAGUUACCUCCAUUACAGCAGUCCAGUCCCCGAUAUGUGCCCAGAGAGGUUCCUCCACGCUUUCGACAGCAGGAACAGAGGCAGCUACUGAAGAGGGGUCAACCUUUACCUACAGGCGCUCUGAACCCGACCUCUGCUUGCACUCAGUCCGGGGUCAUCUCCCCUCCCGAGACGCCCACCAGCAAACGGCACACGGGACUUCCUCAUCAAAGUGGACUGGGAGCCCAGCAUGAAAAUUGUCUUUGGAAUAUCCCAGUCAGCAAAAGCAACAGCAGCAACCGGGAUAAAGUGAUUAUUAACUGUAACGACACUGACACUUGGACUUCCAAUACAUACGGCAAGAGCCACCAGACACCAGAAUGCACCUUGAACACUGAACGCACAUCAGAGGUUGUCAGCAACAGUAGCAGCACUAUUAUGGCUACAGGAGCUAGCCAGCAGGGUCAUUACCCAAUCAGCAAAGCCAGCAUUAAUGUCUCUUCUAGUAUGGUCUCUAGUCAAAGUGGCCCUACCAGGGGCUGGGUCUCAGAGGGCAAGAUUAACUUGUCCAUGGGCAGUAGAGGACAGUCCAACUGGGGUGCCUCUAAUCUGAACCUAAACCCCAGUGCCAACCCUGCUGCUUGGCCAGCACUUGGACAUGAGGGUCCUGGAGUAGGGUCAGGCCCUAGUAGCAUGGUUUGCUCAAAUCCACUUUCGCUCAGUAUGUGUGGCCAAGGAGGUGUGGCACCACCUCAUGGCACCAAUGGAAAUGGUAGCAUUGGUUGUGUCAAUGGAAACCUUGUAGGGGACUGUGCAUGGGGCAACCCGGAUGUUCCAGAACAGCAUCAGUCACCCACAAAUGUAUCUUUCAACAUGAAACCUCCUAACCUUAAAACUGAUGGACCAAAUAACACUAAACCAGAGCCAAUGAGUCCAGUGAACAGCUGGAGAGGAAACCUCAGUCAGUCACCUACUGAACCUGCCAGCGAAGAUGGAACUGCCUUCUGGGGCAACGGCGAUGCCAAAAAUGGAGAAUCAAAGGACUCAGGCUGGGAUUCUGCAGGCGUCUCCUCUUGGGGGCAGGGAGGAGCUAGCAGUGGUGGCGGCUGGGGUGAAUGGAGCAAACAACCAAGCACUGAAGGUACAGGAUGGGAUGUAAAUGAUGGUCCUUCCCAGGAACAUAUGAGUUCCUGGGGCCCUGAUACUCCAGCAAGUGAGGGCAGCAGGGACAGUAGUGAGGGCCACCCAAAAAGAAGAGAGAGGUCUUCAAGUGAUGAUUUAGCCCCUUUGCUCCCGAGGCAGGACUUGGACCCACGUGUCCUCUGCAACACAGGCUGGGGACAGACUCCAGUUCGCCAACACACUAUUUGGGAAAUGGAAGAAAGUCCAGACAAAAAGAAUGGUCCAGGGACUGAGGUCUGGGGGUCUUCCUCCAACACACCUUCAGUUGGACCUGCACCACCUCCUCCUGGAUGUGCUAGUCCCAACCUCAAUGUACCUCCUAGAAUGGAGACAAGCAAAAGUGAGGGAUCUUGCAGAGCCGUACCAAACGCAGGCUGGGGAGGAUCAGUCUCAGCCUCUUCUCAGCCUAACAGUGGAUGGGGGGAACCUUCUGCAAAUAAAAAGGUUCCCAAUGGAUCCCAAUGUGGCUGGGGUGAUCCUGUUUCUGAAGGUCCCAAUACCAAUGGCUGUAAUGGCCAAUCCUGGGCUGAGGAAAAGUCCCCUAGCUGGGAUGAUGGUACUUCUCAGAAGAAAACACAAGGUUGGGGUGAUGGAACCAAAACUUCCUCUGGCUGGGGAAGUAGUGGCAGUGGGAAUAGUGGAGAGUGGGGUGACCCUUCAGAAAUGCGAAAGAAUGGCUCUGGAAGUUCCUCUUGGGACCCUGACAACAGAAACUGGAAAGAAACCCAGAGAGGAUGGGGUAAAGCAGCACCAGCACAGAGUGGUAAUUGGGGUGAUGCUCAACAUUCCAAUGGUUCAGCCCAAGGUUGGAGUGGAAAACUUCAGGAAUCCACGUGUGGCAACGGUGGAGCUGGAGGCAUAGGAUCAUGGGGCGGCCCAAAUUCUGUGAAACAGAGCAACUCUGGCUGGGCAUCAGGAGUGCGACAGGAGCCGGGAGAUGAGGCCACAGGCUGGGAAGAACCCUCUCCUUCUUCUAUUCGACGCAAAAUGGAAAUUGAUGAUGGGACCUCCACCUGGGGUGACCCCAGUGCUUACAGCAAGAGUGUAAACAUGUGGGACAGGAAUAACUCCCAAAAUAAUCCAGGAACCAGCAACAGUGGCAACAGUAAUAGCUUCACUGGGCCAAACAACAAUAGCAAGCCUCACCAACACCAACACCAUAGCCAAGCUCCCACUCAGAACCAUGUCAGUGGUAGCAACAAUAAUGGAUCACCCAAUCAAGGUGAAUCUCCUCUUAACAGAAUGCCCGUGGUGAACCCAGGCUGGGGAGAGCUCCCUAAUGUACAGCCAAACUCAGAACCCUCUUCAUGGGGCGAGCCAGCCAAUUCUAACUCUUCUGUGGACAAUGGAACUUCAGCUUGGGGCCAGUCCUCGAGGGGCUGUGGGGGAUGGGGUGAAGGUGGCCAUGACUCCAGUGGACCUUAUGGCAGAGGAAAUGCACCUGCUGGAUCAGGCUCCUGUCAGGAAGGUCCCAAAUCUAUGCAAGAUGGCUGGGGAUCAGGAGGGGAAGAGAUUGGCAUGAACACUGGCCAAUGGGAUGCUGAUGAUGGUGACAUGUGGAACAGUCCUACAUCCCAAGACUCCUCUUGUAACUCCUGGGGUCAAUCCAAGAAGGGCCCACAAAGGGGCAAGAUCUCCAACAAGCAGGAUGAUGUUUGGAUUAUGACCAGACUUAUCAAGCAGCUUACAGAUAUGGGUUUUCCAAAGGAUCCUGCAGAAGAAGCUCUAAAGAGUAACAAUAUGAAUCUGGAUCAGGCCAUGAGUGCUUUGUUGGAGAAGAAAACUGAACUGGACAAACGGGGGAUGGGCAUGUCAGACUACAGUAAUGGAAUGAAUAAGCCCAUACUGUGCCGACCCACAAACCUCUCCAAAGACCCCUCACUGGAUCGUGCCCCCUUCCUGGACAAGGACGGUAGGCUGUCAGAUGAUGCUUCAACCUCACCGUUUAUGCCUUCUCCUGGCCUCAAGCUCCCACUGGCCAAUAGCAGCCUCUCGAGCCACGGAUUGGGUGGGGUCUCCUCUGGCCUGUCCAUGCAAAACUUGAACAACAGACAGAUGCAGAAUGGAAUGUUUGGCACUAACGGAGCAGCACAAACUCGGGUCAUGCAGCAGCAGGCCCCGCCCCCUCAGCAACCAGUGCCACCUCUUAGCUCCGCCCAGCCUACUCUACGUGCUCAAGUGCCUCAGCUUCUCACCCCUCAGGUUCAAGCACAGCUCUUACAGUUUGCGGCAAAAAACAUUGGACUGAAUCCUGCACUUUUAACCUCACCAAUAAAUCCUCAACAAAUGACCCUGCUGUACCAACUACAACAACUGCAGGUGGCGUAUCAGCGUUUGCAGAUUCAGCAGCAAAUGAUGCAGGCUCAGCGUAAUGUCUCUGGUCCCAUCAAACAACAAGAGCAGCAAGUUGCACGUACAAUCACAAACAUGCAGCAGCAGAUCCAGCAGCACCAGCGUCAGCUGGCCCAGGCCCUGCUUAUGAAACAGCAGCAGCCUCCACCUUCCUCUCACACUGGCCUGCACCCAAAUCUUGGCAAGGCAAGCCUGGACACUUUCACGGGUCAUCCUCAGACUUCAGGCCUCUCCGUCUCAGACCUGCAGACCAAAGAGCAGCAGUCUUCUCCAAACUCCUUCAACCCUUAUACACUCUCUGGUUUGAACCCGAACAUGAAUGUAAACUGUAUGGAGGUGGGAAAUCUAUCUCUCAAAGACCCCCCUCAGCCUCAAUCCCGGCUCUCGCAGUGGACUCAUUCAAACUCCAUAGAUUCCCUGUCAGCUAGUGCUCAGCACAUGGAGGCAAACCUCAAUAAGCACGGUUCAAUUUCUUCUGCUCAGUCCCAUGUUCCUAUCGGAAAGAGCACCAUGGAAGAUUCCUUCAGCCCAUACAAUCUGAUGUCAAGCUCUGAAUCCCCCACCAGCACCUUGGUGUCUCCAGAGAGCUGGACACAAGGCAAAAGCCCCAAUGAGAAAAUGUCUAGCAACUCCAAUAUCAACUGGCCUCCUGAAUUCUGCCCUGGGGUGCCAUGGAAAGGUCUGCAGAACAUUGACCCUGAGAAUGACCCCAACAUGACCCCAGGAAGUGUUCCAAGUGGCCCCACCAUUAACACUAACAUACAGGAUGUGAAUCGCUACCUGUUACGUGACAGGACUGGAGGUAAACUUUUGGAAAUGAAGUCUACCUGGUCCCCUGGACCCAUCUCCCACACACAGGCCUCUUUAUCUCAUGAGUUAUGGAAGGUUUCCCCAGGGACACGUAACUCCAGUGCUCCCUCACGCCCCCCUCCAGGCCUGACCAACACCAAGCCCUCCUCCACCUGGGGAGGAAACUCUCUUGGCCUCAGCCAGGGCUGGACCAGCUCUUACUCCUCAGAAGGGGGAACUUGGAGCACUAACAGUUCCAACAGAGGAAGCAGCUGGCUGGUGCUGAGAAACCUCACUCCUCAGAUUGACGGCUCCACCCUGCGGACUCUGUGCAUGCAGCACGGCCCUCUCAUCACCUUCCAUCUGAACCUGACGCAGGGCAAUGCUGUUGUACGUUAUAGCUCCAAGGAGGAGGCUGCCAAAGCCCAAAAAUCCCUGCACAUGUGUGUGCUGGGUAACACUACCAUCCUGGCAGAGUUUGCCGGUGAGGACGAUAUAAACCGCUUCUUUGCACAGGGCCAGUCCCUUACUCCUACCACCAGCUGGCAGGCCAGCCCAGCACCAGGCUCCAAUCAACCCCGGCUGGGCAACCCUGCUGCCAGCCACCACACAGGCCUCUGGAGCGGGGGUGGAGGAGGUACCAAGACAGUCUGCAGCACCGGGAACAGCAGCAGCGGAAAUGGAGGCGACCUGCUGUGGGGAGGUGUGCCACAGUACUCCAGUUUGUGGGCUCCCCCAAAUGGAGACGACACCAGGGUAAUCGGCAGCCCCAUCCCAAUUAACACUCUGCUCCCGGGAGACCUGCUAAGCGGAGAGAGCAUGUAGGAUGUAUCGGAUAUCAUAAACCAACAAAGUCAAAAGACCUAAUGGAUCAAAACCCAAGCAAAUCAAUGUGGCGAUAAUCACUUUUUGUGGAGCUGUAAUGGAGGUUUAGGGUGAAACAAAGCUGCAAACCUCCCACUGCUGUUUAUUUGUCCUCUGGUUUUUACGUCAGACUCUUUGUUGUGUUCGUGGAUCUUGUUCUUAGUGUUCAAAGACCUUGAGAAGCCAGAAUCAGUAGAAGCAGAAGCCUUUUAAUGCUUUUUUUUAUUAUUUUUUUUUUAUUUCCAAAGGUUGUUUUUUUUUCUCAGAAGUGUUGUGCAGGAGAAGCCAUCAACGAGGCAGUCAUCUGAAAGCGACCCAGGCACAGUGAGACCUCAUGACACCUUUCCCUAUAACGACACUGUUCUGAUGAUUGGAAUGAUCCUGGUACUUUUUUGGUUUUAAACUUUACAUAGUUUCUUCAGAACUUAUAUUAGCCGUAAGUGCUCUCUCUCCAGGUCCUCCUUAAAACUUUUAUUUUAUAAAGCCAACAAAAAAAACAAACAAAAAAAAACUUUGUAUCUUGCACAGUUCUGUUUCUGAGCCAGCGAAUAGGCCAGAGCAAAUGAGAAGAACACUCCUAGCAGUGGCCUGUCAGCAUGACUAAUCACCAAUGAUUUUUUUCUUUAAUUCUUUUAGUUUUACAAAAGGGAGCUGCACUGCUCUAUGAUUUCUAUUUACUCACGCCAGUUUGUUUUUACAAAAAUAUGUGUAUGGUUUAAAAAAAAAAAUAAGCUGAAUGUUAAGCUUUGAUGUAGAUGAAUGAAUGUCAGUGUGUCUGCUGGAACUUGACCAAGCAUCUGUGUGCGAGUACAUAACCACUGUUAAAAACACUCUCAGUGGAGGCUUUUUAAUUAUACCUAAUGGACUUCAGUGCUGAAUCAAUCAGAAGUUAUUCAGUUACUAUGUGAUGUAUCUGGUCGGCCAUUUUUAUUGAGAUACAACCAAGACAAGAAACUCAUUCUGAUGCAUUGUGCAAUAGAAGCCAGAGACCCUUUCUUCCGUCCACACUGAAGCUUACUGAAACUUAAGACACCUUCUUUUUUUUUUUUUUUGAAGAUUUUUGAAGAAUUUAACCUUUGAACUCAUUUUCCCACCUUGCCUCUGUCUGUCUGGUUUGCUGGCUGUUCGGUAUUUGCGUGGAAAGGAGGAACUGUUAAUUGUGUUUGACAUCACUCCAUGCAGUUUUAAACUCGGCAUGUGUGGGAUCACACAGUCUCCCAGCUACUUCUUCACCAAACAGAAACGGAAUCCAGAACGGAGACAAAUGGCACGGGAGUCAGGCACAAUACCAAAUACAAUGGGUUUCUCUUAAUGCAGUACAGAAUAAGAGACCUUUGCAUUUGGUACAAACAAAAAAGACAUCUACGUUUUCUAUGUCUCUUCUUAAAGGGGUAUUAUCAUAGCACUUAUUACAAGAGUUAUGCUCCUUCUGUGAAGCCAAUAAAUCAGAUUAUGGAGCGUAUAGUAAAAAAAAAAAAGGAAAAAAAAAAAGAAAAACAAUGACAACAAAAACUUCUUAUGGCAACUUUUAACUUUUUUUUUUCUUUGUUUUUGUACCUUGCUGGUAUUCAAAAAAACGUAUUUGUUUGUCGUCCAUCUCUGGUCCAGAAACUUGAGUGCAGAAAAAAAAAUCUGAAUGAAGGGAAGAACAAACUACAAUCAUACAAAACUUGCAAUGUAUGUUUUUUUUUUUGUGUCUGUACUUUCUCCCCCCUCUCUAUCAAAGUGAAUGUCAUUGCUACUCAAAUGAAAUAGUCAAAUGUCUUUGUCUGUCUGGAGGCACCUCGAUUAGAUUGGAUUUGAAAAGGAGGAUGUGUGGUGUGUUAGUGCCUCAAUGUGGAAACUGAUAGGAGGAUGUUUGAUUCUCCAUCGCAGCUUUCUCCGUGCUCCUAGUACAAUGGAAUGCAAGAAAGGACAGUCAUGACGUCAUGAUAUGGACGUUGGCGUCAUCGCUCAUCAUUUGCGUCCUCAUUGUAGUAACUUAGGUACGGAUCUUCGAAUGUCCCCCGUUCCUUCUCUGGAUAACAUCACACCUCUCAUGCGUCCUUACUUACUCAUGGUCUUGCAUGAUCUUUUCUGCUGGAGUUUGAGAAGGAAUGGAAUUGCCAGUGUUGUGAAACUUGUUUUUUUUUCACAUUCUGUUGGUCUUCAUGCAGUGGUCUUUAACUGCCUGCAGUGCUCAUAUGCAGAUACACUUUAAAAGAGGUGCCUCUGUAUACCUGUCCUGUGUAACGAAUGCAAACGAAGAUCGAUGGUGUGGGCCAUAUUUGUUUUGUUUUUGUUGUUGUUAACAGUGUUCUUAGAUCAUUUAGAUUAGGGCCUCUUCUGUUGAUGCGUAUGCAUGUGACCUCACCCUGGGUGUCCCACCUCUAACUCAGCUGCUAACAUCCUCUUUCUCUUGUGUGGCCUCGGCGAAGCCAGCCCUGUUAUCAAGACAAGCCUCCUGUACUUGAAAAGCCCUGUCCGAGCAGUGUUUCUAUGGACAGACUCUUUCUGCCACUGGCUCUUUAACUACAGCACAUGGUAUGCUGUCACUAUGCAAAGUUAGAGAAGAUGGGCACGUAAUGUCUGCCCUGUGCCAAUCUGUGGCUUUCAAAGAAAGUUGGAAAUAUCUCACAGUCCUCCCGUAAUACUCAAGCCAAUUUCAGUUUUUGGAGGUCUGUGUGUUAAUUCUGCUGAAUUUGAUCAAUCUCAUUUCAAUACAAUCUCAGGGCACGACAAGAUGAACUAAAUUUAUGUUUAUUGAAAGUUGAUCAUUUGAAGAUUUAUCAUUUGUAAGCGGUUUUACACAUUCAGUGAUGUGUAUGCAGCUUACAAAGUGCACAUUAAAGAAACGCAAGAGGAUAUUUAUCAGUGGGGCAAUAAAUUUAGGAGGGUGGCUAGUUUGGGUCUGCUGCAGAGCCAGCAGUUCAUUUCUACAGUAAAUGGGACCUGCUUAUCUUACCUCUCUGCUGCUGGUUGUGUUGAAUUCCCCUUAUGGUCUCAUGUGCCAAUAUAUACAUAGAUAUAUGUACAGUACACUGUGGCAUCUCUGACUUCACAUCUUAAAUUCCAGUGUGUGUUGUUUUGUUGUAGAGCACUUCUGUUCGGAGGCACUUUGAUGAUUCUUGUGUGUUUGAGGUGGGAUUGGGUUCGAAAGGGUUGAGGAUAUUCAUCAAGAUAUAUUUGUCACCUCAUGCUGAUUAUUUGUGAUAAUCUUGUUGCUGUCAUUGGAAGAAUCCUUUAUAACAAGCAAGAACUUUAACAGCAUUGGGGAUUAUGGUGUGCUAAUGGCAUACAGAUAAUGAGUAAUCCCUGGUACUUUUUUUGAAUACCAAAAAUGUAAUAGCAUUUUAAUAUCUUUUUUUAUAAAAGUUUGACAAAAACACAAUGAAGGAAAAAGAUCUAUAAUGUUUUAAAAAUGCACUUCUUGCUGAUAUUAUCUCCUGUUUGCUGGUCAUGUUCUGAAGGUUGACGGCAAGCUGGAGUGCCUUUUGUGUAUGCUGUAUUAACUGUUUGUUUGUAAAAAUGGGGCCCUGAACUGUACAUUUCCAUCUCUGUUUCAGUUCGUUUGGGCCUUUAUGCUGUAUAAACCUUUUUUUUUUUUCUUUUGGGAAAAGACAUUUCAGCAGAUGUGUCUUAAGAUACUAAAGUUGUUCAUUGACUUAUUUUUUCUCUGUUUCUGGGUGGGGGGUGGGGGGAUCACUGUUGCCUGUGUAUGUAACUGCCUUGUUCCAAACUCAGUCGCAGCUGACUGACAGUGAACCACAAUGUGGCUGUAAUUCCAAACAGUCAAACAUCACAGGAAGUCUCUGGUGACACCAGCAUAGGUAGACUACAGCUAAACAUUAUCCUGUAUAUUAUCAUGCUCAUUAUGUAGGAAAAAAAUGCUAUCAGAUUUCUGAAUCCUUCCCUUUUGAAACUACUGGAUAAAAUGUCAUUUGAAUUAAGCAAUAGACCUUGAUCCUUACAGUGUGUCAUUUGAGAGAAUUGUCCUAAAGGGAAAAAAAAAAAAAAAGAGUGAUCAAAAUGAUAGAUAUGAACCAAACAGUCUUACUGGAGUAGCAUGUUUAAAAUUAAAUGACACAGGACAUACAUGCAGUAUUUGUGUAUACCUUCAAUCAUUAUGUUGAAACCCUCAAUUAUGAACCAUGUUUUUGUCUCUUGGCAAAGAAUGAAAAAUCAUAAACAUAUCAAAAGAAAUAUCUUCACCGAUACUUGAAUUGAAGUGCGCCAAUUGUAAAAUGUGAAUUUAUUUUUUCUUACAUUUUUGUUUGGGUCUGACACUUUCAAGGUAUUUGAUAAUAAGGUAACAUGCUCACAAGGUUAAACAUUCUUCAAAAGAAAGAAAAAAAUUGUGAUCUUAAAAAAAAAAAAAGUUUGAAUGUGUUUGAGUGGUUUUGUAUGUGCGCUCUCUAAUCACUGCUUCUCGUCACGGGGCGACUGUCUGCAAUUAUGAUCCAUUUAGUAUGUUGUACUGUCUCUGUUAUUUGUGUGUGUUUUAAAAAUUGUUCCAACAUGGUUACUAUCUAGCGUUGCACUGAGUGUCUUUUUUCCCUUGCUCAGCUAAACUAAAAAACUGAAAACUGCAGGGGAGAUGAUGACAAUUCAUGUGUUAAUGUUUACUCAAGGACUUUAUGGAUUUAUUUUCAUCUUAAAAUGUUUAAAACCUGUAAAAUUGUAUCCUCAUAGUGGCUUUUAUUGUGGAUUAAUUCCCACAAGAGUUAUCAUUUUGAAGUGUUGCAUCAUUUCAAUUGCAUUAUUAAAAAAAUAAAA